GCAGGGAAGGAAAGCUGAGAAGAGGAACAGUGGAGUGAAGUGAGUAGAGAGAGGAGGAGAGGACCGGAAAAUAAGGGGGCUUCCAUUUGAAAGUCCUCGUGUAGGGAUAUGAAGUCUUGGUGCGCUGCAGAUGCAACGGCAGGAAGCUGGAGUUUUGUAGAAAAGAGGUAGACGACGGGAGAAAAGAAGGAGAAACAGGGAGAAUCUGAGCCAACAGAGAACUGGAGUGAUUUUUCUUCCAAGAGAGACGAAGACAAGUGAAGGCAACAAUGCAGGGCUCUCACUGGGUGUGUGUGGUGUGUCUGACGCCGUCGGGGUGCCAUGGCUCUGGUACAGGCACUACCUGUGAUCGUGACUGACUACCCCAAUCCAGGUCUCGACAUCCAGCAGUACCGGCCGCUAUCAUCCCACUCCCCCUCAGGCCCCUGCCCGGGCCCCUGUGGGCCCUGCAGCCCUGGGACAGCCAUGGGUUCUGUCAGCAGCCUCAUAUCAGGCCGGACGUAUCAGGAGAAACACUGCCGGGCCGCCAGCGAGUUCUCCACCAAGUCACGCCGAUCCACCCCGGCCACCAGCUGCUUCCGGCUCCAGGACAACACACUCCGCAGCGGGAGCUCCCUGGAGCAUCUGCUGGUUAUCAGCAACCAAACGCUUCCCCAGGCCCAGGUCCUGCCUCCACCACUGCCCACCAAGAAGCAGCCCCGGCCUGGUAACUGUACUGGGACAGGGGGAGGAACGGCUGCUGGAGCAGUAGGUGGUGGCCCUAAUGGGAACUCUGGGUAUGUGAGCGAUGAGGUGUUGGUUGGAGACUGGAACGACAACCUGGUGGUGGCAGCUGUUAGUCCCUGUAGUGACUCGGAGGACCAAAAGGACAACAGGGCUCUGAACGGCAACAUUGGAGGGCCUCCUCCCAAACUCAUCCCAGUGUCCGGACAGUUAGAGAAGAACAUGGAGAAAGUGCUGAUCCGUCCUACAGCGUUCAAACCUGUCAUUCCCAAGAACCGUCACUCUGUGCACUACCUGUCACCACGGCCAGCGCCCAGCAGUCUGUCGGAGAGCCAGGCCAGCCUCAACCUCCUACUGCCCCUCGGGGGGUCCAACGGCGCCGGCGGCACAAACGGCCUCGUAGUGAGCAGCACUGAAGGGAAACGCAACUCCUACAGCGGGGGUCGAAAUGCUCGGAGCAGCCAGUCCUGUUCCAUGUCAGAUUCAGGAAGGAACUCCCUCUCCAGCCUCCCGACUCACAGCAGCACAGGCUACAGUCUGGCCCCCAGCGAGGGCUCCAGCUCGGGGUCUGGCUCGGGGGGCCAGCUGGAGCCUGUGACGGGCCUCGGCCGAACCACCUCAGGUGGAAAUGGGAGCCACGGCCACACUAACUCAGACAGUGGACGCUCCUCAUCCAGCAAGAGCACAGGCUCGGGGUCUCUAAGUGGGCGCGGGCAGCCCCUGUCGGACAGCGGGUCCUGUGGCCACUCGCCGCCCCCUGUGGAGGGCUAUGAGGGGGUGGUGAGGGAGCUGGAGGACAAGCUGAGGGAACGAGACCUGGAGCUGCAGCAGCUCCGGGAAAACCUGGAUGAGAAUGAAGCUGCCAUUUGCCAGGUGUAUGAGGAGAAGCAGCAUCGCUGUGAAAGAGAGAUGGAGGAGCUGAGACAGAGCUGCGCCACGAAGAUGAAGCAAGCCUCGCAGAAGGCCCAGAGGGCACAGCAGGUGCUACAGUUACAGGUAUUUCAACUACAGCAAGAGAAAAAGAAGCUGCAGGAGGACUUCUCCUCUCUGCUGCAGGACAGAGAGACGCUGGAACGGAGGUGUGCCUCCAUCCAGAGGGAGCAGACCCAGCUGGGGCCACGUCUGGAAGAGACACAGUGGGAGGUGUGUCAGAAGUCCGGAGAGAUCUCCCUCCUGAAGCAGCAGCUGAAGGAGAUCCAGUCUGAGCUCAGCCAGAAGGCCGGAGACAUCGUGAUGCUGAAGGCUCAGCUGAGAGAAGCCCGUUCUGAACUGCAGGCCAGCCAGGCUCGGUCCCGCGAGGCUGGGAUGGCCCUGAGGACGAGAUCUCUGGAGCUAGAAGUCUGUGAGAAUGAACUCCAGAGGCGCAAGAGCGAAGCUGAGCUGCUGCGGGAGAAAGCAGGCCGAUUGGAAGAGGAGUCAGCUCGCCUCCGGGACACUCUUUCCCUUCACAGCGGACACUCUCUUCCUGCAAAUCUAAGCAUGAAGGGGCAUUGCAUGAGCCUCUCCCUCCAGCAGGGAAGAGGAGUGACAGGGAGGGGGGGUCCCAGUCCGUCUUUGUACCGGGAUGCAGAGGACACUCAUGUAGUCUGGGGAGGGGAGAGUGAUGAGGCGAAGGCACAGAGGCAGAACGCAGAAGCAGUGCUGGGAUUCAGACAACAGGUGGAGAGGCUAAAGGCUGAACUCAUGUACGAGAGGAGGACUAAUGAGGAGCAGCUGUCACGGUUUGAGGAUGAGAGGAGGGUGUGGCAGGAGGAGAAGGAAAAGGUAAUCCGUUACCAGAAACAGCUGCAGCAGAACUACAUCCAGAUGUACCGUAGGAACCGGGAUCUGGAGCGAGUGAUGAGGGAGCUGAGUCUGGAGCUGGAGAACAGGGACAUGGAGGACUAUGAGGUGCACAGUGGCAGCAACGACAUCCACUUUGAGGAAAUCACCGCCACUGAGAUCUAAAAACACACUUAUACUAAUAUGUGCACAGGACCAUGGAAACACAACUCACUAAAAAAAUCAGAGGAGGUAAAACAAACAUUGAACUCCAGGCCAAAUACUGCACUAUCUUCAAAAUGGCUUCAUCUGGACCACUGACCACUCGUCCCUGUCAAAAGGGACAUUUCCCAAAGGUGCAUUCUUACUUUCUACCAACAGAGAAGUACUCCAAUAAAUCCUUAUAAAGUGUCCCCUCCGGCGCUUUUAACAGGUUUAUUCCACUACAAAGCCAGCACAAAGACUUAUUUCCCCUCUGUGGGAGCAAAAGCAGUGAAGACAGCGUUUCUUCCUCAGACCACAUUCAAAUCAGGGUAUUAAAAAUCGUCGGGCACUUGAAGCAAAAAAUGUCAUACAGGCACAGCAGUCAAAGUGCAGUCGCGCCUUUCUCUGUAGCACAUACAGCUAAACACCCGGCCACCAGCAUGCAUGUUAUGAUGCAUCAUGACACUCCUAUCAACACCGCCGCUGCAAGAUAUUAAUGAUGAUUACAUUGAUUACCCUUCCACAUAACAACAACAACAACAACAGCUGAACUGGUCCUCCACGAGGCUCAGCCGUGCAAUUCAUCUUUACAAUUAAUACAAGAAGAAUCCUAUUUUUGUUCUUGUGCUUUAAUUCCUCAGCAGGUUGGUAUUUUAUAAAAGAAUGUAUGUGAGUGUUAUCAAUCCAGAGUAAUGCAGUAUAAAUGGUCAUCAUCAAAGAAUCUGCUCACCAAGGGAAACUUGGUUCAGUUGUCCUGAACUGUUGUUUUUGUUGAGCAAGACAUCAGACUUCAACAAACAAGUUGGGACAUUCACAUAAGGACAUCCUAAUUUCCCAAAGCAACAAGGACACAGGAAACAAACGCUCAAAGGACGCUGCUUAUGUUUCUAGACCACCAACAGUGAUGCUGUUGCAAGAGUGCAAGCUCUGACAUAAACAUUUACAUUUUACAAUUAUGUAGCAUUGGAGAUAUUCUACUGAUUCUCCUCCUUCUUUCUAUGUCUGCCUUUGUCUCUAUGUGCGCUCUCUCUCUCCAUCUCUAUCUCUGCUUAUUACUCUAUUUUUGUAACAGCUGGCAGUUGGUAUCAGGAAACUAAAAUUGGAGCAUAUUCUUC